AUGUGGUUUGCGCUUUUUCAGGUAUUAUUAUUAAUGGGAAUACCAUUAGUUGACUGUCAGUCUUUUAACACUGAUUUGAAUACAGUUUUAGGUUGCGCCCCCAAAACCAAUUCAUUAUCCAAAGGUUUUUCUGUAUCUUACUACCAUUAUCCCCUGAUACCAAGUGGUUCAUCUGGGUGCUACGUGGAUGAUCGUAAAACUUUUUUAACGGAUGAAUAUCUACAUGGUGGUUAUGCAACAUAUGGAGGUGGCUUAAUCGGAAGUAGUACGGGCGUGACUAAUUUAACAUUUCACUUUCAUUUCCCGGGUGGCUGUUUGAGACCUAUAUUAGGCAGUUUGCCAUCUAAUUACAAUAAUCCGCCUCAGUUUUCCAUGUCCAAUUUUUCUAUGUUGAUUACGGGGUACUUCUUCGCUCCAAAAACAGGUUUAUAUGAUUUUGCUAUAACCAAUGGGGACGAUGUCAUGGAUAUAAAUAUGGGUGAUGGUAAGGCAUUUGGGUGCUGUCAGCUGGAAAGCACUAUAUCCAAUCCUGCACCCUUUGACAUUUCUGUUGUUUGGCCUUCAUCGACCGGUAGUGGCUCUUUCAAUCUAGUAGGAGGUUACUACUACCCAUUAAGGAUACUUUAUAUAAACCGCUACUAUGAAGCUAUUAUAGCAAUGUCUUUUAAGGAUCCAGAUGGUGUUGUGCAUAACGAUUUCGACGGAUACGUGUUUACAAUCCCUGAUGGAGAAAAGUGCCCCGCUCCAGUUGCUACUACGACGUUACCAUGGACAUUCCAAUCCACUACCACUGGAACCGCUAUUGGAACCACUACUGGUGUAGAUGGUGAAGCCAUAACUGAAGAUUUUAUCGUGGUCAGACUUCCACAUAUUGAAACUGCUAUUGCAAUUAAUACACCAUGGACUGGUACUUACACGACCACUGUAGCAACUGCUACCACCACCGUAACUGGUUCUGACAGAAUACCAACUAUCGAAACCAUUUUUAGUGUAGAGACUCCUCAGGUUGAAACAGCCACUACCAUCAAUGCAGGAUGGACCGGUACUUACACCACCACAUAUUCGACUGAUAUUUCCACGGAGACUGGCGCUGAUGGCAUACCAACUGUCAGAACCAACUUCCUUGUCGAGACUCCUCAAGUCGAAACAGCAACCACAAUCAACGCAGGAUGGACUGGUACUUACACCACCACUUACUCUACCGAUAUUUCCACAGAGACUGGUGCUGAUGGAGUACCAACUGUUAAGACGAACUUCCUUGUCGAGACUCCUCAGGUUGAAACAGCCACUACAGUUAAUAUACCAUGGACCGGCACUUACACCACCACAUAUUCGACUACUAUUGCCACGGAGACUGGUACUGAUGGCAUACCAACUGUCAAAACGAACUUCCUUGUAGAGACUCCUCAGGUCGAAACAGCCACUACAGUUAACACACCAUGGACCGGUACUUACACUACCACCUACUCCACUGGUAUUUCCACAGAGACUGGUGCUGAUGGCAUACCAAUUGUCAGAACCAACUUCCUUGUCGAGACUCCUCAGGUUGAAACAGCAACUACCAUCAAUGCGGCAUGGACCGGUACUUACACCACCACAUAUUCGACUACUAUUUCCACAGAGACUGGUGCUGAUGGCAUACCAACUGUCAGAACCAACUUCCUUGUCGAGACUCCUCAGGUCGAAACAGCAACCACAAUCAAUGCAGGAUGGACCGGUACUUACACCACCACAUAUUCGACUGACUUUGUUACUGUCACAGGUAUUGAUGGUAUCAUAACUCUCCAAGCUGUGUACCAUGUGCAAACACCUACCCUUAAACCUUCCAAAUUCGAUAAUUUGUCAUCAACAAGUAAUGAUACACAAGCUUAUUCUACCGACAUUAUAGCUACCACAGGCGCCGAUGGUGUUCCCACUGUCCACCCCACCUUCAGCGUCGAUGCUUCAGAGAUUGGAAGUAUCUCUACGGUUAUUUCGCCAUGGACUGGAACGUAUACCACCACUUACUCAACUGAACUAGUUACAGCAACUGGUACUGACGGUAUUAUAACUGUUCAAACAGUGUACCAUGUAAAAACACCAAGCACUGGAACCACCAAUACCAAAAAAAGUGCAUGGAUCAGCAACUAUCUCCAAACAUACUCCACUGGCGGUAUAGGUAGUAGCAGUGCUGAUGGUGUUUCCAAUGUUCAGACCGCUAUUCAUGUCAAGACCGGAGAGGCAGGAAACGCCAUGAAAAUCAAUAUCCCAUGGACAGGCACUUACACCACCACCUACUCAACAGGAGCCUUCACUUCCACUGGUUCUAACGGUAUACAGACUGUUCAAACGGCGUUCUACGUUAAAACUCCAGAGAUGUGCUCUUCCAGUUUUGGAUACAGUAACACUUCAAGUACUACUUCCCAUGGUACCGAUUCAAAUGGUAAUAAAAAUCUUCAAUCUGAAACAUCCAAGCCAUUAGUUAAGGUAUCUGUUACCUCCGGAAAUGUGAUAGGCCAUUCCACGGCAGAGACAAACUUGCCAAUAUCUCAAAAAACAAGUUCUAAUCGACCAACAACUUCUAAAAACGAUGACGGUCCAGUACCAGAAAGAGGUAGUACUGCAAACAUCAACACUCCUCUUGGAACCACGAUGAAUGCCGUUGGGGAAACAUCCGGAGCGGUGAGUGGAAUAAUUGAUACUGAAACAAAGGGGAAACAAAGUAAAACAAUGUCGAUCAGUGUUGGUCAACCAGUAACAGUCAGUUCUGCAACUUCCAAGGCGACUUCUCCUCAACCAUCUUUGAAUCCAUCCAUCCCAACUUUUACGCCUUCUAUCUCCGGAGCUUCACAAACCGCCACAUUUGAGACGCGUUUGGAAGACAAAGCAAACAAGAUACUCAUUUCUCCUCUGGUGGUAAUGUUAUUAGCGUUCUUGUGA